GAUUUUGGAACUGAACUGGGGAAUAAUUGAUAGAAGGGAUUAUUUAGAAAGGGAAGACUAGAAUGGAACAGAAAAGUGUAGCAGCUGAAUGAUGCAAAUCUGAUUAGAUGGUUGCAAUUCUGUAAGAUAAUUAAGCUUGGGUUCAUUGGAGACUGAAAUUGUGAGUGGUGGAGAAUUUUGUUCUAAUCUUGUUUCGUGGAAUGAGAGGAUAGAGGAAGUAGAAAUGACUGUCAAGGAUGAGAAGAGAUGGGAGGAUGACAUUAGUAGUUUACUUGGCAGGAAUAAUGAAGCUGAACUCUUGUACAAUAACGGUUCUGUAGUCGCCCUUUCUAGUAGCAAGAGUGCAUCUUGAGAUCAUCAGUUCUAUCUCUUGUUCCACUAUCUGUAAUACCUGGAAAACCUGUGAAGGAUCCUUUCUUUCAGGAAUCUCCAAAGCCAACCUUCAGUGAGGCAAUGGCAUCAUGCCCAAAGGAAGAUAUACCCAAUUUUAAGGAAUUGCUUCAAGAGGAAAAUUUCUACCUGACUACUGAGGAAGGAGGGCAAGGGCUCUUGCCUGUAUUGGUAUUGAGGAUGAAAGAAAGUGAAAAGAAAAGGAGGCCUACUAUUGUUUUCCUGCAUAGCACGAACAAAUGCAAAGAGUGGUUGAGGCCAUUGCUUGAGGGAUAUGCUUCAAGGGGAUAUAUUGCUGUUGCAAUUGAUUCUCGAUACCAUGGAGAACGUGCGACCAGCAUCACAACCUAUCGAGAUUCCCUAGUGUCAUCAUGGAAAAAUGGAGAUACAAUGCCAUUCAUAUUUGAUACGGUUUGGGACUUGAUAAAACUGGCAGAUUAUCUUACUGAGAGGGAAGAUGUUGACCCAUCAAAGAUAGGAAUCACUGGCGAGUCUCUUGGAGGUAUGCAUGCUUGGUUUGCUGCAUUUGUUGACACUCGCUAUUCUGUGGUUGUCCCUAUAAUUGGUGUUCAGGGUUUUGGAUGGGCAAUUGAGCAUGAUAAGUGGCAAGCAAGAGUUAACAGUAUCAAGGCUGUCUUUGAAGAAGCACGUGCUGAUUUAGACAAGAGUGCAAUUGAUAAAGAAGUGGUUCAGAAGGUCUGGGAUAGGAUUGCCCCGGGUUUGGCGUCUCAAUUUGAUGCACCAUACACAGUUCCAACUAUUGCACCACGCCCGUUACUGAUUUUAAAUGGGGGAGAUGAUCCUCGUUGCCCACUAGGUGGCCUGGAAAUUCCAGAAUCAAGAACUCUCAGAGCUUAUGAAAAGACUAAUUGUCCUCAGAAUUUCAAGCUGAUAGCGCAACCUGGAAUUGGUCAUCAAAUGACACCAUUGAUGGUAAAAGAAGCAAGUGACUGGUUUGACAGAUUUCUUAAAGUAUAAUCACCAGUGUACAAUAAAAUCUUGAAGGAUAGCUGUUAAAGCUUGCAAUUUGUAUUAUUUGCUUGUAUUUGGACUUCCAUUUCUUUUUAUAUUAUGACGACUAUGUUUCCACGAGGGGUGUAUUUUUGGACAGAAGAAUAAUUCUCUAGAGAAGUUUGAGAAUUUAAGGAAAAUGGAUGUCUACAAACCAAAUUGUUCUUUUUUUAUGGAGGCAUUGGCAUAAUUCAGUGUA